CCCGGGAGUAAUAGCGAGCGUCUGUGCUGGGUGCUGAAUGAAUGGAAGCCGCGGGGCGGGCCUGCGCGCACCGUGCCGUCGCCCCGCGGCCUGUAAGGGCCCUCGCCAGCCCCGCGCCCUCCUCCCGCCGCGGGCUGAGGCCGCCGCCGCCACUGCGCCCCACGCCGAAGCCGCGGCGGCAACCAGGAAGGUCGGAGGGAGGGUGGUUUCCUCCAGCCCCACACCCAGUCUCGGAGCCGGAUAUAUAGUGUCACGUUUGGGAGCCGAAAGCCGAGAGCGCUUUCCCCGCGGCUGGAGUACUUGCCGGAGCCUCGGGGAAGGACCGGGAUUCACAGGACUACUGGUUGAACCCCACCCGCGCCGGAGGAGCAGGAACCUCUUUCCGGAGUUCUAAAAGACAAAGAGAAGAAUCAUGUCCAUGAUUGCAGCCUUCUAUAGUGGCAAGUCCAUUCUCAUUACUGGGGCCACAGGCUUCAUGGGCAAAGUGUUGAUGGAGAAGCUGUUUCGCACCAGCCCUGACCUGAAAGUCAUUUACAUUCUUGUGAGGCCAAAGGCUGGCCAGACGACACAGCAGAGGGUUUUCCAGAUCCUAAAUAGUAAGCUGUUUGAAAAAGUCAAAGAAAUUUGUCCAAACGUGCAUGAGAAGAUCAGAGCUAUCUAUGCAGAUCUCAAUCAGAAUGACUUUGCCAUCAGCAAGGAAGACAUGCAAGAGCUUCUCUCCUGUACAAACAUUGUCUUCCACUGUGCAGCUACUGUGCGCUUUGAUGAUCAUCUGAGACAUGCCGUGCAACUUAACGUCACUGCUACCCAGCAGCUCUUGAUUAUGGCCAGUCAGAUGCCCAAGCUUGAAGCCUUCAUACAUAUCUCCACUGCCUUUUCAAAUUGUAACCUGACGCACAUCGAUGAGGUCAUCUACCCGUGCCCUGUGGAGCCAAAAAAAAUUAUCGACUCCAUGGAGUGGUUAGACGAUGCUAUUAUUGAUGAGAUCACACCCAAGCUGAUCGGGGAUCGGCCCAAUACUUACACGUACACCAAGGCCUUGGGAGAGAUGGUGGUGCAGCAGGAGAGCAGGAACCUAAACAUUGCCAUCAUAAGGCCCUCCAUUGUGGGAGCAACCUGGCAGGAGCCUUUCCCGGGUUGGGUUGAUAACUUAAAUGGACCUAGUGGGCUCAUUAUUGCGGCUGGGAAAGGGUUUCUUCGGUCCAUAAGAGGUGCUCCGAUGGCUGUGGCAGAUUUAAUUCCCGUUGAUACAGUCGUCAAUCUCACCUUGGCUGUGGGAUGGUACACAGCCGUUCACAGACCUAAGUCAACAUUAAUCUACCACUGUACAUCUGGUAACCUCAAUCCUUGUAAUUGGGGCAAAAUGGGAUUCCAAGUCUUGGCAACCUUUGAAAAAGUCCCAUUUGAGAGAGCUUUUAGGAGGCCAAAUGCAGACUUCACAGCCAACACCAUCACAAGCCAGUACUGGAAUGCAGUCAGCCACCGGGCCCCUGCCAUCAUCUACGACUUCUAUCUGCGGCUCACAGGAAGGAAGCCCAGGAUGACAAAGAUCAUGAAUCGGCUUUUAAAAACUGUUUCCAUGAUAGAGUAUUUUGUCAACCGGAGUUGGGAAUGGAGCACGUACAAUACGGAAAUGCUGAUGUCUGAGCUGAGUCCUGAAGAUCAGAGAGUAUUCAACUUUGAUGUGCGCCAACUGAACUGGUUGGAAUACAUUGAAAAUUAUGUUUUAGGAAUUAAGAAGUACUUAUUGAAAGAGGAUAUGGCUGGGAUCCCAGAAGCAAAACAACAUUUGAAAAGGCUCCGAAAUAUUCACUACCUCUUUAAUACUGCCCUCUUCCUCAUCGCCUGGCGCCUUCUCAUUGCAAGAUCUCAGAUGGCUCGGAAUGUCUGGUUCUUCAUUGUGAGCUUCUGUUAUAAAUUCCUCUCCUACUUUAGGGCAUCCAGCACGCUUAAGGUCUAAGAACACUGGGCAAGCUUUUAUCUGGAACCUUUUGGAUACCUCUAAAACAGCAAACUGUGGUUCUCAAGAUUAGGAAGUAACGAAGAAUAUGCCCAAGCUCAUUACCUGUCAAAUGUGUUGUCAUGUCUUCAUCUCUGUUUCUUACCUAUAUAUUGUUUUCAUUUCAGUGAGAGAAGGAAAGUCAUAUCCUAGCCUAUAAUCAUACAUAUCAUAGGAAAAAUUAUUUCCAGAUUGCUUCCUAACACUCCAUUCUGUGCCCUUGAAUAUAAAACACCAAAGUACAUUUAUCUGUCCAUAUUUAGGUUUUUUCCUUUGAGAGGACUAAUUUUGACUCCAUGAACAUGGAAGAACACAUGAUAGAUAGAAGCUGAAAUAUGCUAAAAGGCAGUUCUAACCUUGGAAUCAUUCUGAGGUACCCAGUAUAAAGGUUUAAAAUCAAGAUUAAGUUGAGGAAGAAUGAUCCUCAUCUUCAGAAAUACUGUAAAAGAAAUAAUUCUCUACUGAAAUCUGAGCUUCCUUUUUGUGUUAUACCAUGAAGACUUGAUUGAAGGCUGGGGGAAUUGGAAAAGUGGGUUCACAUUUAGCACUUCCCUCAACUACACCCACUUCUUAAAUCUAAAAAAAAAAAAAUGUACAGAAUGAGGGCUCAAGCGUACAUAGUUGCACUGGGACUGAUGAUGCUUGUAAGUAAAAUCAGUUCUCAUAAUUUGAAACUGACAACUGUUAUUUCUAAAUCUUUUGAAUCACCCAUUUUCCUGAUAACCUUCUCCCAAGAGUUUCCUUUUUGUUCACUGAAGUCACCAAACCCCUUAUAUUUAAGCUUAUUUUGCUCAGGCCUCAGGGUGAGAGUGACUGAUGGGAGGAAGGUACUGGCUAGAAUCUUAAAAAAAAAAAAAAAAAAAAAGUCCCCUGAUCUUUGCCAGUGAGGAAAGCAAAAUUUUAAAUGUAAAUAUUUAGUCUUUUUCCGCGAAGUGGUGAAGAUUACCCUUCUGUGAUAACCAGGACUUGCUAGUAUCUUGAUCAUUCCACUUGCACAAUGUUAACUGUACAAUGUACAGCUGAAAAGGAUAGACUUCACUAAGUGACUGUCAGUUUAGAGAAUAGGUGUUAUUUAAAAAUAUUUUAUGUAUAAUACCAAUGAAUUAAUGGGUAAAAACUAUUUAUUCUCAAAUCCCUGUAUUAAUAUAACCAUUAUCCUGACUUUCCUCGCAUUUGAGAGAUCAGUGUACAUUGGAUUGCAGCAUUUCAUGUUAAAAACAUGAAAUUAUUCAAAUAAAGUAUUUGGGACCUAAGUAAAAAUAAUCACACCUACUAGAGAAUUCACAAGCAUAAACUGGUAAGGAAGGCAGUGAUGCGUGUGCUCCCUUUCUGGACUCAUUAGUAAUCCUCAGAAAGCUGCACACAUAGUUGCAGUGCACAAGGCUUGGGGGCAGCUUCUAGUCCGGUAUUACUGGAGAUUUUUCUGAACACCGUAAAGGGCAUCUGGGGGGAACUCUUCUGGGCAAUAUCUUUCCCAAUUUCAUCUAAAGUCUGGGAACUUCUUUCCAGGGCAGAAAAACCAGCUCUGAAGCAAAGCACUUGGUGAUCUUUAGUGUGAGAUGUCUAUAUGACACUUCUGAGUUACGUGGAUUAAGAUACAAACUAUAGAUAUGAUAAAAAUGAAAUCAAGUUAUAAUUCAAUGAGAUUGGAUAAAACAUAAUUAUUCUAAGAAUUUACUAUAUUUUGAUUAUUCACCAAUUCCAUAAAUUCCACUGAUCAAGUAUUCAUUUUGACUUUUGAUUAAAUGAAAGUUUGAAUUAAAAAAAAAGUUUUCCUCUUCUAGUGUUGUAUCUUUAACUGCUAACUACUACACAUCUCCUCUCUCCCCAGAGAAAAAAAGAAUUUUCCAAAGAAACUACCAGAUGAGUAUAAAUUUUAACACAUAGAUACAUAAUGCUUAAAUGUUUUCUGAUACCAUUAAUGGGGUUACAUUUACACCCUAAGCAUGUUUUAUCUGUGGCAUUAAAGAAAUGACACAAAGUUCUGUGAUGAUUAAGCAAUAAAAAUAGGUAUCGGUAUGAAAGAAAAUCCCUAAUUAUUUUAUAUUAAGACCACUUAAUUGAAUGCCUAAUACAUACAAUUACAAUGUAAUGAGAAGAACCUUCUGUUUUGGGGGAAAAGAGGAUGGAUGGUAAGUACAAAGAAAAGGUAUCUAUGUUUCAAAAGAAGUUUUAGUAAUCCCUAUAUUCUUUACCCACAACAUACCUGAUACCGUAAUGAAUAUUUCAGUUAAAAAUAGUCACCACCUAAAGCAAUUAAUACUAGAAAAAGUUGAGGCAGAUGUGCAUACAACUCAGAAAAAACAUUUCUUAGAUAACUUACUACUAAUUUUAUACUAACCCAACACCAUCACCUCCAGUUAACAUCUCAUUCAAACAAACAGCUGAUUUAGAAUCUCAGGGUAGAUAAACUGAUCUGAGAAGGGACUAAUACCCAAAUAGUGUGUUAUCUUACAAUGGACAUAACAAAGUAGGUCAGCCUGAAGUUUCCAAACAUCAGUAAUUUUCAAAGUUCACAGGCAUCACAUAUGAAUUUCCACAGGGUUAUUUUUCUAGAACUGCAAAUCUAAUAAUUAUAUUCUGGGAAUAUGAACAACUGUCUUUAGUAAAAUGUAAUGGUUGUCCCAUGUGCCCACACAGAGAUAUGGAAAAAUGCUCACUGCUUAGAUUACUUUGUAAAUACAUAUUUUUUAAUUUAACAAAAUAAAACUAGUUGGUUUUAAGAUGUAAUUGGCUUGAGAGACAGCAGUGACCCGAAGUGGAGAUAGUUAAUGGUACACGAAUAAAAAAACGUUGGUGUGCCCUUACUUUAUUUGAUAUACUGAUUCCAACCUGGAACUAUAAAUGGGGGGGGGGGGGAGAUGUGAGGUUGGGCAACUUGUAUCAAUCCUACUUUAAAGAAAUUAAAGGUAAGUCUAAUACAAGAAAUCACCAAGUUGAUUUGCAUAACUGCUUGAAAAGAGGAAAGAUUCUAAAGUAUUUUAUAGUAGUAUCAGUUGUUGCUGAAAUUCUGCUUUAGUAUGCAGCUUUCAUCAAUGUAUACUUUCCCCCAUAUCUGCUCAUUUUUACCUUAAAAUUAUUACACAAAGUAGCAUAAAUGAGUUAUAUGAUAUUUGGAAGAGUUGUUAAUCUAAUUCCUUCUGAUAAACAUCCAAUACAGUUAGGAGUUGCUAAGAUAGAUAAAACUAUUUAAAUGUUUCACUGAUUAUAAUCUUAUAUUCAACUCUGUUGACAGUUUUAUAGACUUGAGUCAACUGCUCAAUUUGCAUCACUCAUUCACUUUUUAAUAUGAAAAUACAAAAGAAAUCCAAUCUCAUACAGUAAUUUAGCUCCAUCUGGAGCAAAAGCAAAUGUAACAGAGUGAUAUUUAAAGACUGCCAUAGUUUUCCUAUGAGGAAAAAGAAGCUUAAAUAUGAGGAACUGAGGCUUAUUUGGGGGUACAUGAUUGUAAAAGGACAAAAAUUUAUAUUUGUCAUUUAUUUAGAGUCCAAAUGUUCAGGAUUGGGACUCUAAAUGAGUCUUGUGUAUGCUCUUUUCUCUCAAAACAAAAAAACACGGCGCCUGGGUGGCUCAGUCGGUUAAGCGACUGCCUUCGGCUCGGGUCAUGAUCCUGGAGUCCCGGGAUCGAGUCCCGCAUCGGGCUC